AUGGAGAGCCAACAGGGUGCUGUACCCCAGCGCCUGAAUUUUUUAAAGUGCAUUCGAUGUCGAGACGAUAAGAAGCAGUUUCUACCAUUCAAUCGAAAAUGGCUGGGGCAAAAGUGCAAUCGCUGUGCUCAACGUGACUACGCUUGCUCUCAGAGCAGGACUGCAAAAUACCAAAAGAUGAUCGCAUCUCGCGAAGAGCCUUCCACCAACACCCCAAUCAACUGUCAAGCUCGGGGACUGCAAUGUCUACGACUUUCAGUUGAAAUAUCGCAAGAGGAUGGGGGCGAUGGCCAGCCUGAUGGAACUUUCGUUGCCCCGAAAUGUGCCUUGCUUUUCGAUAACCUUGAGAAUGCAACUUGGAACUUCUUCGGUGCCCCUCUGGGGUUUCAAUUGGGUGUAUUGCUUGCGCGCAUCGAAGCUGUGGAGACGGAUGCGAUUUAUGAUGUGCUACAAUCUCGCCUUGCACUCAUGAAUAUGCUUCAAGACUAUAAAGAGGUUACGAAAGAAGGAAAGUCAAAGGGAAUAGUAGAACAAGAGUCUCAAAUCUUUGCUUCCCGGAAAGUCAUGAUAAAUGUUAGAAGAACUGCGCAUUUCGGCGAGAAAUAUGUCGGUGACUUUAUUCAAAGCUUCGAUUUUCGAAUGAAAGUCGCGAGGAGACUAUAA